AUGAAAAAGGGUUUGAGACAAGGUGACCCACUAUCUCCUUUUCUGUUUGUACUGGUUGUAGAUGUUCUGCAUAGAAUUGAUGGAGAGGCGGUCAGAAACGGGUGCAUAUCACCAUUGGUGGUUAGAAGAGACAGUAUAGAGUUGCUGCAUAUUCAGUUUGUGGAUGAUACUAUUCUGUUUUGCCCACCAGAAGAAGAGACUGUGAAGAAUUACAAGCGGCUUCUGCGUUGCUUUGAGUUGAUGUCAAGGAUAAGUAUAAAUUUUGACAAGUACAGCUUGAUACCAAUCAAUUGUGAAGGGCUAUGGAUUCACCGAAUGUGUAGCUUAUUGGGUUGUAAGGAAGGUAUCCUACCCUUUAAAUAUCUUGGAUUUCCCCUUGGAGUGAAUUCGAGAUUAGUCACGACUUGGAAGCAUAUUAUUGACAAGGUGGAGGAGAAACUGAGCCUGUGGAAAGCUAAGGUGCUAAAUAAGACUGGGAAGUUGGUACUUAUAAAAUCAGCGUUGAAUAGUUUGCCAGUGUAUUAUUUGAGCUUAUAUAAGAUGCCAAAGGCUGUGGCUGAGAAGCUGAUUUCUAUGCAGAGAAGAUUCCUUUGUACCAAGGAGGAUGAAAGGAAUCAUAUAGCUUUAGUGAAAUGGAAAGUGGUGCAGGCCCCUAAGAAGCUUGGGGGAUUCGGAGUGGGCAACGCUAUGGUUCGUAACACUACACUUCUGUUCAAGUGGUGGUGGUGGUUUGUAAAGGAAGAGUGUCCAUUGUGGAAGAAGGUGGUCUGCUCCUGUAAUAAUCUAAAUCUUAACGAGCUGUUGUCCACUCAAGUGCUACCUACUAAAGGAGGUCUAUGA